GUUAAGGCGAAUGCCGAUGUUGGCCGCAUCCUCUAGGCUUGAAACACGAUAAGGCCAAGCCGCUAAGGAAGGGGAGGCUCUACAGAUAGGAGAGAUUUCCAGAAUAGGAAUUUGUUUAAUUGUGACCUGUUCGGUACAAGAAAUGUUGCUUGCCCUCUAAGGAGACACUUUGAAGAGGUACCUCUGAGUUCAUGAAGUCUGCCGCUUUCCAAGCCAGCACUAGCUGCUUCUGUCCAGUGUUCAUAUUCCCUGCUCAAGAAGCCCUUCUUGGGCGCGAAACCUUCUGGAAUCACAUGCAAGCAGAACAUGAUCGUAAAUGUUGCGAGCACGAGACACGAAAUACCCACCCUGCCAUCCUACAAAGGCCCUGUUAUGACUCACACUCUUACCAUUUCCAUGGGCAUGGUGGGGCUGGUUCAUAUCCCGAAACGGCUAUUGUCGCCUCGCUGCAAUUACGGCAAACCCGAGACUGCUCGUCCCAUGGGCUCCUGAGGGAUAAAAUGGCAUCGCCAUGUAACUGGGCAUAGCAUUGAGUUUGCGAUGCGAGCAUUUACCUGAGCAGAACCAUACAGAGCCGCAUACGCCAUGGCUGACCCCGGGCCAAAGAUCAGGGUCAAGACGACGAUGCCGACCCUUCCGCUUGCGACGCCGCGGGCCAGCAUCAAGACGGAGCGGCUGGUGCUGCGGCCGCUGUCGCAUGAGGACCUGGCCGACUACCACGCUCUGCGCACGCAGCCCGAGGUGGUCGAGUAUAUGCCGACGGGGCGGGCGGACCGGGACCUGGAUGAGACGCGGGCGGUGCUGGACCGCGUCGCCGGCCCGGGCCGUGAGGCCGACACCUUCGUCUGGGGCGUGCG